CUUCGCCACUCUAUAAGGUGCGGUGAAAGCAAAAGCGAGUUAACGAGAGAACGAAUAGAAUAGAAUGGCGUACAAAUCAUGCCUAGUGGACGAUCUGUCCUGUUCUGUUUGCUGUGACAUCUUUAACGACCCUGUUAUCCUAUCGUGUAGUCACAGUUUCUGCAAGGGCUUUUUACAGAGUUGGUGGAUGCGAAACCAGGAACAGCAGUGUCCACUUUGCAAGAGGAGAUCUUCAAAGACCGAACCACCCAGGAACAUCGCUCUGAAGAACCUGUCGGAGGCCUUCCAGCGGGAGAACGCGGAUCUCUGCGCUCUGCACGGUGAGAAACUCAAGCUCUUCUGUCUCGAUGACCUGGAGACGGCGUGUGUCAUCUGUCGACACUCUGAAAAACACGCCAACCACAGAUUCCUUCCUGUGGAUGAAGCUGCCCUGAUCCACAGGGAAGAAAUUCAUAAAUUAAUGAAACCCCAGAAGGAGAAGUUAAACGACUUCGUUGAGACCAAGAGAAAGUGUGAGGACAUAGCAGCAGACAUUAAUGUCCAGACCGCGCACACCGAGAGACGGAUUCAAAAGGAGUUUGAGAAGCUUCACCAGCUUCUCCACGAUGAAGAGAAGUCCAGGAUCACUGCGCUGAGAGACGAAGAGCAGUUGAAAGGUCAGAAGAUGAACAAGGAGAUUGAGGUGUGGUCGAAGCAGAUAGAAAUCAUUUCACACACAGUCACCGAGACGGAGCAGCAGCUGGGGGCUGGAGACAUUUCCUUCCUGAAGAAGUUCAAGGCUACAAGAGAGAAAAUAGCUCAGCCCCGACCCUCGCCAGCUCUACCCAAGGGAGCGCAGCUGGACGUGGAAAAACACCUGGGCAACCUGGCCUACGCAGUCUGGAAGAAGCUGGAGGAGAACGUCUCCUACUCUCCUGUGAUCCUGGACCCCAACACCGCCGGCCCCGAUCUCCACCUGUCUGAGGACCUGACCAGCGUGAGACGUGGAGCGAGACAGCAGCUCCCUAAGAACAAUCAGAGGCGGAAGUAUGGCAUGCUGGGAUCUGGGUCCCUUGAAUCAGGAACCCACACCCAGGCCGCCAUCCUGGCCCAAUUUCUAUAUGGGGGAAAGUAGAAGAGAAUCAACAACAAUCCUGCACCUUAUGGCCUCACGCACAAUGCCAACUCCAAGGCAUAGAUUUUAAAAAAUAUUAAAAAAUAAAAGGUUUAUUUUGUAGUAUAUCAGCCACUGUAGGCCUACUAUAAUUAUAUGAUGUGUGUAGGCCUCUGUCUGUCUGUCUGUCUGUCUGUCUGUCUGAACAAAUAAUUAACACUUAGAAAUUGACAAACAUUAUCAUUAUAACAAAUGUAACAUAAUGUAUUGCUAACUAAAUUUAACAGGGUUAUAUGUUGUGUAAAUGUAUUAGGCCUACUAAAUAAAUUGAAAAUGAUUACGUGUGGUGUAAAUGUAUUACUAAUUAAAUUGAAAAUGAUUACGUGUGGUGUAAAUGUAUUACUAAUUAAAUUGAUAAUUAUUACGUGUGGUGUAAAUGUGUGACAUAACCAAGUAGCUUAUGCUUAUGCAACGAUGUUACCACCAAAGAUUCUAUAGCGCUCCUUAGCUUGGCCAUUUAUCGUAUUGCAUCAAAUGAAAUAGUUU